AUGGCAGCUAUGAAUGUUGCUCCAUAUUCCCAUAGCCCCACCCAUAAAGCCGUAUUAACGAAAGAUUACGCGGGUCUUACCAAAAUAAUCUCGGGUCUCCCUCAUCUCAGUGACCCGUCCAAAAUCCGCACCGAAUCAGCCUCCAUUGCAGAGGAAGCCAUAGCCGAUGCAAUCUCAACAGUCAUCGAUCGCCGUGAUGUCCCAAAUCGUGACACCCCUCUCCAUUUAGCCGUCAAACUGGGUGACACCGCCGCCACGGAAACACUCAUGCUCGCCGGAGCUGAUUGGAGCUUGCAAAACGAACAUGGUUGGAGCGCCCUUCAAGAAGCCAUAUGCAACCACCAAGAACACAUCGCUAAAAUCAUAAUCAAACACUAUCAACCCACAGCUUGGGCUAAAUGGUGCAGAAGAUUACCUCGACUGUUACAAACCAUGAGAAGAAUGCGUGAUUUCUACAUGGAAAUCACUUUCCAAUUCGAAAGCUCUGUAGUUCCAUUCAUUUCCAGAAUUGCCCCUUCCGAUACUUACAAGAUAUGGAAACGUGGUGCGAAUUUGAGGGCAGAUAUGACUUUAGCCGGAUUCGAUGGUUUUACAAUUCAAAGGGCCGAUCAAACUGUUCUCUUUCUCGGUGAUGGUUCUGAAAAAGUUCCUCCGGGAUCUCUUUGUAUGAUUUCACAUAAAGACAAGGAGGUGAUGAACGCUUUAGAUGGCGCAGGUGCAGUGGCAUCGGAUGGGGAACUGCAGCAGGAGAUCCAAGCCAUGUCUCAGGCUAAUAUGUUUAGGCCCGGGAUUGAUGUCACUCAAGCCGUUCUUUUGCCCCAGAUGACGUGGCGUAGACAUGAGAAAACCGAAUUUGUUGGGAUUUGGAGGGCGAAAGUUUAUGAUAUGCAAAAUGUGGUUGUAAGUAUAAAAUCCCGGAAGGUCCCAGGGGCAAAAUCGGAAAACGAGCUAUUUGGUAACGAAAAGGAAUCGGAUAGCAAAGAGUUCAAUAACAUUUUGACCAAGGAUGAGCAUAAACAACUCGAAAGCACGUUAGACAAUGGGAUUAUCAAACAUCGAGAUAUCCCGAUUGAGAAUGGUGUUGAUUACCAAAAGUCAAAGUCAAAGUCAAGUCAACUCUCGUCUACAAGUCAAAGUCAUAGUAGAUGGAAAGAUGGAGGUCGUGAGAGCGAAUAUAAGAAAGGUUUGAGGCCAAUUUUAUGGCUUUCACCCGAUUUUCCAUUGCAUACGGAUGAAUUAUUGCCUUUGCUUGACAUUUUGGCGAAUAAAGUGAAGGCGAUACGAAGGUUAAGAGAAUUGCUUACCACAAAAUUGCCAGCGGGGACGUUUCCGGUUAAGGUUGCCAUUCCGGUGAUCCCCACAGUAAGGGUAAUGGUUACUUUCACAAAAUUCGAAGAAUUACAACCGUUGGAUGAAUUCUCGACCCCACCUACAAGUCCUACAGAUGCAGACCGCAAUCCUCACACAACAGGCUCAUCAUCUUGGUUUCAGUGGAUCAAAACUCCGUAUCAAACUGCCAGCUCAUCAACAAGCGGGCCCACUCCGUGUAUAGAGCAUGUUAAUGACCCGUUCUUAAUCCCUACUGACUACACGUGGAUCACAGCUGAAGAAAAGAAGAAGAAAAUGCAGGAGAAGAGUAAAUUGAAGAAAGGAAGAACUCAAAACCAAUAAUGGAUUUAAGAACACGAUGAUUUGAUAACAUUGUUUCAAAUGAUUUUUACUAAUUUACACUUUACACAAGGUAUUGGCUGAUACAGUGAGGGUAUAGAUCUUUUAAUCAUAUUAUUUAUAUUUUUGUAAUCGUUAGUAAUACUAAUAACUUUUGUUUUAUAUUUUAGUUAAUUAACAUUUUAUUGAGGAUUCAUGUUAAGUGGGUUAAGAAAGGUUCGAGUGGGUGAAAACAAGUAUGG